AUGAAGGCGAUAUCAUGCAUCGAAUCAAUUGGGGUGGUGCCGGAGGGUCUUGUGGCAUGGCUAAUGAAUGCCGAUGGCACAGAACCAUCGGUUAGAGGCUGUGAGGCCACGUUGUUGACGUUGGCCGAUCGAACACAAGAGGCCAAGGUUCAGUUCGUCGUCGCGGCACCUAAGGGAGCGAUAAGGAAGUUGAUUGAAGCAGCCAACCAAGGUGACUCUCAUAGCCAAGCUCUCUUGAUCGAAGACAACGGAUUCAACUGGCUAGAGCAAUGUUCAAAAGUUUUCAUGUGGAGUCCGCGUGGUGAGAGUAAUACCAUGGGAGAAACGUUGGCAAUGCGUGAACUCAAAGCGUAUUUCGAUAGCGUGGACCCGCACGGUAAUUGGACCUACAUUUCGGAUCAGAUUUGCCGUGACAGCGUUGGUUUGGAUAUGUCGCAAGUGCGAAAGGCAUUGAAGAAAGUAGGUUCAUUGAAAGAGGAGGAACCGUUGGCUGUUACAGGUUGCAGACGACUGACACCUGGGGAGCUGAAAGACCUCCGAAGAUGUGUGCCAGAAGAGUGGUUGACGCUGCUGCAGGACCCGCUUCCCAAGAGUCGCAGUGAGUCCGGCCUAGGUUGUGGUCUGGCGCGAUGGGUUCGGGAUCGACCUCGCACGGCUAUUGGUUCAGCUGUUAUCGGUGGGCUAGCUCUAUACCUGAUCUAUUACUUUAGUUCCGGUGGUUCAGAAGGUGGGUCACCCCAAGCGGACGGCUCAAACAUGCCGGACCUUGACCCGCGGGCGGAGGCAUUGGAACAAGCGUUUGACAGCAGUUCAAUCGGACACAAUAACCGGUACAAGACGAUGAUUAGCGAGCUUGAGUUGGAGGAGGUCGAAAUUCCUAAAGCCGAAUGCCAUGCGUCAUUCAACGCUAUGAAACAAAACAAAGGCGUACAGCCUCUCCUAGGGGUUGGAGAACUUGCCUGCCGAGGCGGCAGUGGAGAGUUGAUGUGUGUAGGAAACGGCGGGCCACCGGGUACCUGUCAUAGGUUUGGCGGUCCGUGGAAACAUGACUACUUUGUUGUGAAGGAAGCCAUUGAGUAUCAUCUGCGCAAUAAUCGAUGCCUUCUACUUUGUGAUGAUCAGAAGGAAGUGCUACGUAAUACAUGGGAGGAGACUGCAAGGCGUCUACCCUUUAUUCCUAGUAUCCCUGAUGAGGGAUUCGUUGACUUUUCGCGAAACCCAUCAGUUCCCGAUCUGAAUGAUUUCGAGAUGAUGAUGAACCCCCGGUACCCCCUUGUAAAGAGCUCCUCAGGCAAGUGUGUCGACUGUAAGAACGAUCCCGCGAUCGACCGAUCUUUGUGUGAUUUUGCAGAGGUCCGCUGCGAUGUUACGGUGGGGGUUGAGCCCAUCAAGCGCAUGACAGCGAUUGGUUACAACACGACAGCGGGAGACGUGCUGAGAAGGAUGCCUGCGUUCAGCACGAAGGAUACAGUAUUCAACGUGAGAAAAUGCGAAUACGACUGCCGUAAGAUGAGCCCAGAUCUUGUUUACGUCCCUGACUUGCAAGUUGUGGAGACGCAGCCCACGGAUCACAAGGAUCCGUUUAAGAAGAGACUGAGCAGACGGGAGUUAAGCAAACUCCAGCUUCAUUUGAACGAGUGCCAAAAGUCGCCUGAAGGCGACUGGCAUGACUUGCCACAGAUCGGCAAAUAUCCAUGUGGCGGCGGAAGCGGAACAAUGAUGUGUAGAAAAAAAGUACCCCCGCAGCCGAGAUCUAAUUUCUGGUAUUUUAACCCGAAAAAUUGGGUGUCAAGGUCGGAGGAUGGGCCCAUCGUGUCUUGUCAUCAGUUUGGCCCCCUCUCGAUGGAUGCUUUUGCGGUAGAGGAUGCGGUUCAUCAUUAUGUCGACGACGCCGGAGACUGUUUUGUACGCUGUGAUUCGAAAUCCGGAGAGAGGCGUUUGGUGUAUCAGAGAGUGAAAGACCACCUGGGUGACGUAUUGCCGGAACAAAAACAAGAUCUCGCAAUUGCUCUGAAAAAAGCCUUGCCUGCCGACCCGGGAUGUUCAUCAACCUGUGAUUCCCACGUACUACCCUGCCCCGGUGUUCACAACUGUGUGUGCCGUGUUGUCCACAGUAAAUGCGAGACCGAGUUCAAAGGCGACAAAGGUACGGUUGAAUCAUGGGGACUUGACGCACGCAUGGAGGACGUGUUUGGAAUGUUAUCUGUACCCCUGGGUAACGUAAGGGCCAAACACCCUGAUGUCAAAGCGUCACACCCCCGUGUCAUCAAGAACUGCCAGCACGACUGCCAUGGCGUCCUGUGGUCACAGACUGAAUCUGUCCGGUCGGAAAUGAGGAGAUUGUCCCGCAGACAAUGA